CAACGUCAGGCUACAGAACAAGAUGGACUAGAAUCAGAAUAUUGGCCUAUAACAAAUAAGCGCCGAAAUCUCACUUCCAGCAGGAAUUCCACUCCCCUACGCGUGACUGGCGCAAGACCUGUUGCCAGAAAAACAAACAAACAAACAAGUAUUUUGAAAUGAAUUAAAACGUGUGUCUGUUAUUAUUUGGCAAAUGUAUUUGUAAAAGUGUCCUAAGAUGUAUUUGUGUUUGAAGUGGCGUUUCUCGUUUUGAAUCCGUGAUCGUUCAUAGCUUUAAAAUAAACCUUUACGCCUUACUUUAAUGUAGGGUUAAAUGGUUACAUGGCACACGGAAUAAAAACAUAAUAAUCACUAGACUGGCCUACUUACAGUUUUUCUCAAUUGCUAGAACACAAUUUCUGAAACCUUGCUCCAUUUUCUGAAAACAUUACAAAACCUCAUCUUCAAGCAUUAUUUACAAAACCUCUGAUUCCUCUUGCAAAAUGAAACUUUCGCCUCAAAACAGAUUUACCUGUGCUCAAAAUCACUCAAACACAUAAACAAAGUGAUCAAAUUUAUAUACAAUAUCAAACAGUCAGUAAGCAAUACCCCAAAAAAUUGAAAACACAUUGUCCAAAACAUAUAUUUCUCAGGAAGAAGUUUUUAAUUUUUUAAUUUUUAAUCUAAAAAACGAAUUUCAUCCAUCAAUGUAUUUUGAUGAACGAAAACAUGUUCUAUCAUAGUAGCUCACUACUCUGCUUUGCUCUUUGUCAGCCAUUGGGUUUCAGUGAUUUAGCUAUUGAGAAAAACUGUAAAUAAAUAUUGUUGAAAUAUUGUUUGUUGUCAGUGUUGGUAUGUAACGAGACCUGCUGAACUUGCAUGUUGACAUAAGUACAUGAAGUUGCCCUGGGGGGAAUUCCAGAAAGCAGGUUAUGUUACACACCCAGCGUUGGAAGAUGGACCGUAUCUGCAGCAGGGUGUUGCUGUUCAUGGUUCUCUGCUCCCAGUCGUCCGCGGGAGAGUCUCAGCUGAUUGGUUCAACAGACCCCAUCGUUGCUGUAGCUGGUGAUGAUGUCAUCCUGCCAUGUUUCCUGGAACCUCCCAUCAAUGCAGAGAACCUGACAGUAGCAUGGACCAGACCUGACCUGAACCCUAAAUAUGUACAUCUCUAUCGGGAUGGUCGUAAAUUACAUGGUGGGAUGAAUUCAUUUUACAAAGACAGGACCAUGCUGUUAGAAGGAGAGCUGAUCAGGGGCAACGUCUCCCUGAAACUGUCCAGAGUGGAGCUUAAGGAUGAUGGGAACUACACCUGCCUUGUUAUUAAGGACGGACAGAAGAAGGAGACUGUCAUCCAGCUCAGUGUUGUGGAGGUCUCUAAACCAGAGGUCUCCAUCCAGGAAGCCAGAGAAGAUGGGAUGGUUCUCAAGUGUGUGUCUGGAGGCUGGUACCCAGAACCUGAGCUGGAGUGGAGGGACAGUGAGGGACGCCUCCUCCCUGCUGAUGUCACACAGACAGACAGACUCCCUGACCCCGGCCCUCACCAACGCUACACUGUGACAAGCAGAGUGACUAUACAGAAGACAGACACCAACAGGUUCACCUGCAGGGUUCAUCUGCAGAGACUCAACCAGAUCAGGGAGACAGAGAUCCAUGUUCCUGAUCACAAGUUUCUUCCAAAGUCAACAGAGGAUGAAACAGGAUAUAUUGAGUCGGUAAAGCACGUACUGACUGUCAUACAAAUCUCUGCGAUCCUUCUGAUACUGCCGCUACAGCUGCUUGUGCAUUUGAUAUCUUAUUGCGCAAAUUUGAUAUAUCACACAUUAUAAUGACAUGAAUAGAAGGUAAAGAAGGGAACGUUUGAAUGAACGUAUGAUCCAAUGUUCAUGUUUAAGUGAAGUUUAUUAGAUACAACACAUUGUUUCGGUUCCUCUGCUCCACUGUCACUUAUUGCACACAGCCUUACUACACUCUUCCACUUCAUAUUUUAUUUUGUACAGUAUUAUUUUGUUAAUAUUAAUGUUAAUAUUUUGUUAUUUUGUUAACUUAUUGUAAAUUAGUUAUGCACCUGCCCACCGAAGUAAAUUUCUUUAUUCCUCUUA